AUGCCUGGAUGGAAAGCUCAGUGGCGCUUGCUUUUGUUGAACUCGCUCACCUGCGGUCUGGAGCUCUGCGUGGCAGCCGGGAUCACAUAUGUCCCCCCACUGCUGCUGGAGGCGGGGGUCGAAGAGCAGUACAUGACCAUGGUCCUAGGUAUCGGACCUGUCCUGGGUUUGCUCUUCAUCCCGCUGAUUGGCUCAGCCAGUGACCGCUGCACCAGCAGUUAUGGCCGGCGACGGCCCUUCAUCUGGCUGCUGUCGCUCGGAGUGCUGCUCUCUCUCCUCAUCAUCCCCCACGCUGAUGUCCUGGCCAGCCAGUGGGGCCGGGGUGGGCGCCCCCUGCAGCUUGGACUCCUCAUCCUGGGAGUAGGGCUGCUGGACUUUUGCGGCCAGGUGUGUUUCACGCCAUUGGAGGCGCUGCUCUCAGACCUGUACGGUGGAGAGGAGGAGGAGGCAUGCAGCCAGGCUUUUGCCAUGUUCUCCUUCAUGGUGAGCCUGGGCGGCUGCGUGGGUUACCUGCUGCCAGCGCUCGACUGGAGCGAGGGCCUGCUGUCGCUAUACCUAGGAGGCCAGGAAGAGUGCCUCUUCACCCUGCUCAUCCUCAUUUUCGUGCCCAGCGUCCUGGUCACCAUGAAGGUAUCCGAGGAGACCCCCCACGGUGUACCCUCGAUUGCCUCGGAGCCCGGCUCCCUGGAGGACGUGCGCUGCGUCGGGCUCCCGCGCUCCUGCUUCCCUCCCCUACGAUGCCGCGUGCGCCAACGCCAGUCAAACCCACUGCUCUGCUUGCUCCGGACUGUCUGGUCUCUGACGCCAGCUGUGUAUCGCAGUUACUGCCACAUUCCGCCCAUUAUGCGCCAGCUGUGUGCGGCACAGCUCUGCAGCUGGAUGGCAGUCAUGUCUUUUAUGCUCUUCUAUACAGACUUUGUGGGGGAGGGGCUCUACGAAGGGGUGCCCAGUGCAGCUCCUGGAACAGCCUCUAGGCAGCGCUACGAUGAAGGGAUCCGUAUGGGAAGUCUUGGCCUAUUCUUGCAGUGUGCCACAUCCACCGUGUUCUCCCUGGCAAUGAGCCGGCUUGUGCGCCUCUUCGGGUCACGCCGUGUCUACCUGGGCAGCGUAGUGAGCUUCACCGCCUGCGCCCUGGUCAUCUGCCUGUCAAAAAGUGUGGUCCUGGUCACCGCUAUGUCUGCCCUCACAGGCUUUGCCUAUGCUGCUCUGCAGACCCUGCCUUAUGCACUCACCUGCCACUACCACAAGGAGAAGGAGGUUUACAUGCCAAAAAAUAAACUGAGAAGCACACAGAACGGGAUGAUUGUUGCUCAGGACCCAUGGUGCGUGACACCAAGGGACGGUAACAGCAGCCGGAGCCACCUGCUGGCCAAUGGGAACAAACAGAGCACCCAGGACAGUGAGGGCUACUACAGCCCCCUACUGGGGCACAAUGGCUCCGCCUCCUGGGAGGAUCACAGGCAGCGUGGUGUGGGCCUGGAUUUUGCCCUCUUGGACAGCACUUUCCUUCUGUCUCAGGUUUUCCCCACACUCUUCAUGGGGAUGAUCGUCCAGUUCACGGAAUCUGUCACAACCUACAUCGCUUCUUCCGCCAUCUUUGGCUUUGUAGCAAUCUACCUGGCCAACCAGAUUGUGUUUGAACAAAAGGACAUCAGAAACUGAGAGAGAUGCAGUCCGAAAGGGAUAGAAGUUUCCGCCCACCGUUUCCUUAGCUUGAAAAGGAUGCGUGUUGUCACUGUUACCAUGGGCACUCGGUCCUUUUUAAUGAAGGAAAACCCUACAGGAACAGUUCCUUUGGGAGUAUACUGUGUUCAGGCCCUGGUGCCUCAGUUCUUACCACAGCGUCUUUCAGCUGGAGUCCUCCUUAAACGUGGCCUGGUAACCUUUUCAGGAGCCCAGGCCGCAACGGUGAGCGGGAGGAACAAGGUAUUCAGCCAGGAACAAGCAGUAAUCAGCAGUGCUUGUGCAGGCCAAGCGUAGCUACAGUGUACACCUGUGGGACACCCACCCCCCCCUUCCCUCUCCAGGGCCGCGCCCCACACCCCAACCCUCCUGCUCCGUGUGACCCCACCCCCUCUCAGGGGAAGGAACAGGAGCAGCAGCCUGAUCUGGUGGAGCCCACUUCUCUAAAAGGGAUUUCUUUGCACUGCUCCCUGUUUCCCAGGUAGCGGCUGCAGUGGCAGGAACAUCGGGGGAGUUGCUCAAAAUUAUUGCCUUAGCAUUUGUGGACCGUGGUGGGAACUACAGUGGUGUUUUACGUUCAUUUCUGUCUCGGUCUCACUCGAAGUGCUUUAUUAAUAUGUAUACAUUUCAGUAUGUUAGCUACAUUCCAAUGGGAAUUUCUUAGGCAACCUAUUUGGGAGAGGUUAUGUGUACCUGUGAUAUUUUUAGCAAGACGUGAGAUAAAUGGGGAUAAAGCCGCUGGAGUUAAUCCUCCUGUCUUUUUUUUGCUGUGUUUCUCCUUUGUUAAAUUAUCAGAAAUGUUCUUUGCAAGAGUUCUCCCAUUCCACUACCUUUUGAUUUCUGUAUUUCCAGUUUGCUGUCUAUCAAAUAUUCAGCUUGUAAUCAAAGUUGAAAAGCCUUCUAUUCAGAGAAAUCUCUUUCAGACAUAUGUCUUGAAAGCAAUACCAAGGGCUGGGAGGUGGUAAACAAUAUUCUGUAUUUAACCCCAUGAGAUAUGAAAUGCUGUUAGAUGUUAAACUCCAUCAGUUAGCGAACCCAGUAAGAAGGCUAAUUACAGUAGAGCAGAAGAAGCAGUACCUCUCCUAGGCAGACACAUGUGUCACUGAAACAUGAAUGUUUCCUCGUGCUGUCCAAUCACAUUCCGGUCCUGUUGUAUAUAAAUCUUCAGCUGAAGGCCAGAAGAGGUCAGUGACAGAGCAGUGGCUCCAUGCCUGGGGGAAGGGGCUGCAGUGACAUGACAGACGUGAGCACGUGACACCCCGUAAGCAGACAGGAGUUCUCU